GACUGGGAUAAACAAGAUGACAACCGACAGAUCCAUUCAAACUUUCAUCUCGUUGUUGUUGAGUUUACUCUAAAAAAAUGUAUCGUGCACUUUAUGAUUAUUCAUCUAGUGAGAGUGAUGUCCUUCAUGUCAAGGCUGGGGAUAAAUUUAUGUUUAUUCAUGAACAUGACACAAACUGGUGGAGGAUGCAAGCAGAAAACGGUCAUGUUGGAUUAGUGCCUGCAAGCUAUUUGACACCUGAUGAACAAGAAAUGGAAAACCCUGAUGCUCGUAAGGCAAUCCUUGAAUCUAUUGAAAGAGCAAUGGAAGUUAUUCAUGCUCAGGCAACGAGUAAUGGAGGAACAUACACUAAUGAACAGAGAUCUAACUUAAGAAAACUAAUAGAGCAUCGCAAAAUGGUCCUUUCCCAAGUCAAGCUAAUAAGCAGUGAGUCACAAUCAGAAACUGAGCCAAGCACUUUCCCAGUACAACCCAGCAGACCUGCUCCGAAACUAUCUUCUGUGUCAAAACAUUCAUUGAAGAGAAGAGCUCCUCCUGUUCCCUCAUCCUCUUCAGAAGAGACAUCGGCAGCUUAUUCAGAACCUUUGACAUGUACUGAUUGCUCAUCGGCAAUGACCAGUGAAUCUCAGAAAGAAAUAGUUAUCCCACCCAACUUCAUCACAGAACUUUUGGAAAAGCUUAGAAUAAAUUCAGGUAUUAGUUAUACAACCUCAUUUGUUGUAGCUGAAACUAUUAUAAAUCACAUCAAGACAAAAAUACCAAGUAUAGCCAAUCCCAUGGAUACUUUACUGAGCGAAAUAACCAAUGAAAAGGAAUGUGGUGUUCACUCAAAUGAAAGCCUAAUCUUAACACAUGAUGGUCAAUGUAUUGAAAAGGCUUUCCUGGCCUUGACAGAACAUAAAGAUGAUGCACAACAAAGAAGUUGGGCUUUACACAUGGAUGAACCUGAAAUUCUUGACCAGCUUAAAGAACUGCUCACUUUACUGGUUGAUGCUAAUCAGAAAGUCUCUAAAGCUGUUCUCCAGCAGAAUGACUUUGAGUACCUGCAAUCCACUGUUAUAUAUUUUCAAAUGGAGCACAGAGCAAGCAUUAGGCUUCAGUUAUUACAGCUGUUUGGUUGCCUAUGUGGGAUUGACAAAGAGGUUAUUACACAGCUAUUAUGCUCUGUACUGCCAGGAGAGCUUGCAAGAACAAUGCAAGAUAUGCCUCAAGAUUUACAGUUACAGCUCUAUUCAUCUCUUGUUUUAACAAUGAUAUUUUCUACAGCAGAGCCACUACCACACUGGUUGUAUGAUCAGUUAGACAAGAAAUUUGUUAUAUACCUGAUUUCUUGCAUAGAGAAUGCCCCAGAUGGUGAAGAUGGAGAUCAGCUUAUCGAUUCAUUUGUAGGCUUGCUACUUGCAUUUAAUCAGCAUUUCUCAGAUCUGAAGAAAAACCUUGUAAUGAAUGUGUUAGCAACUUGUAAGACCACUAAGAAUGUCAGUGAGAAGGUUAUGCUAUUAAUAAACAGAGAGGAGGAUCCAGUUGUGCUGUUUGAUUACCCUCGCAACUGUUCUAAUUCAGUGCUCAAGUUUCUCUUGGAUGUAUUUGCUAGUAAAGAUACAUCAGGGCUUUUUUUUACCUCAGAUAUGAUGGUGCUUCUGGAAAUUUUAUUAAGACAAAUUACUGAUCUCAACCCAGGAAACCAGCUAAGAACACAAUACCUUUCCUUGCUACGACUGGUUUUUACUAAUACUGAUUAUUUUGAGCAUAAGCAUUUAUUUUCUGAAAUCGAAUUGUGCCUCAAGAGAAUAGAGAAAGAAGAUGAAGCAGAAUCAGCCCAUGACUGCCAAGUUGUGAGAAAGAUUUUUACCCAGUUCCAUACUCAUUUUUCUUAAUCAAUGGGUAUCUUAUAACAUACUAGUAAAGCAAGGGAAUUGGAUAUUUAAAUGAAAUCUCUCAAAAUAUUAAAUACUUAAAAUCUCAAAAGUAGUCAACCUUUUGGAUUGAAAUAUUUUUGAGGAAAAAAUCUUCAGAUUUUCAUUUACUCAGCCACUUUAGAUACUGAACAACAACAAAAAAGUUUGUGUAUUUUGAGAAAGUUAAAAUGCUAUAAUUUUAUGUAAUUCUGUUAGAAUAUGAAAUCAUCUUUCAAUGAUCUGUAAUAUUUUAUUAUUUGAGAUGGCAUAAUGAUAAAAAGCCUUUUUUCCCCAUUUCAUCAAUCAAAUUUGAAACCUUUCUUAGUAAGGUCCACUUUUGCUUGUUGUAUUUCCUGUGAAGAAUAAAACAAAGCAUUGACUAAGUGUAUAA